ACAUCUAGCAUAGACACUGCGCGUAACAAAGCUAACUUAGCAUUUAAGUACUUGCUAUAUUUUAAGCUUAUACAUAAAAAAAUUAAGCAAUAUAGCAUAGAACUACAGCAUACCUAUAAUAUAAAUAAAAAGGGCUUUUUAAUUAGAGUACUAUUAAAAAUAAAGCUAAUUUUCUCUAGACAGUAG